AUGCUGGACGAGGAGCUGAAGGAGAAGCUGGAGACAGAACUGGAAGUAGAACUGGAGGCGAAGCUAGAGGAGCUAAACAAGAAACGGAGCAAGAAGCAAGGCGAGAAGCUAGACAAAGAACUAGAGGCAAAGUCGGGCAAGGAGCUAGAGGAAAAUCUAGAGGAAAAAAAUGAAGGAGAAGCUGGUGCAGGAGCCGGUGUACAAUAUCUGCAAGAGUGGCCAAACUGGACUGGAGUCUUCGACGACCAAGGCGACCAGCGUGACACCAAAGGCGAUGUGGUGCCCCAAGAACUCGGUAUAGUGUGUGCGUUCGCUCUAUGA